AUUCUGUUAGGUUGGGCCAGGCUGCUAGUUCCUUCUUUCGCUAAAUGGCCUAUGACAAUUCAGAACCUAAACCCGGAGACCCGCCAAAAUUUCUAGCCCGACCAGAACCGACCGCCCAAACCCUUUCUCUGCGCGUCUUCGUGUUCGCGCCCUUUGUUUGUUGCUGUGUCUCGUCGACUGUGAGAGCCACCUCUUUCAGCUCCCCUCAUUCACUUCCUUCUUGUUCCUUCUUUAGUCAACCAAAUCUCAAAACACACGUUUCGCAUCUCUCUCUGUAAAACCCUAAUGACAUAAACAAAACCCCAAUUCCCAAUUCCCAAUUCCCAAACUCCAAACCCCAAAUCUACACACAAAGUUCACCAAAUGGAAGACUCAGACGGAGACAUCAACUUCGACUUCGAGGGGGGCCUCGACGCCACCGCAGCCGCGGGCCCCACAAACCCGGGUCCACCAUCUAAUUCUCUGAUGCAGUCCGACUCGGGCGUUGCGGCGGUGGACACCAACCCUGCAGCUGCGGCGCCACAACCCAACCAGAAUCCCAACCGGUCGGGUGGGCGGAGCUACCGCCAAACGGUGUGCCGUCACUGGCUGCGUAGCCUUUGCAUGAAGGGCGAGGCCUGUGGGUUCCUCCAUCAAUACGACAAGUCACGCAUGCCUGUGUGCCGCUUCUUCAGGUUGUACGGCGAGUGCAGGGAGCAGGAUUGCGUGUACAAGCACACCAACGAGGACAUUAAAGAGUGUAAUAUGUACAAGUUAGGGUUUUGUCCAAAUGGUCCUGAUUGCCGGUAUAGACAUGCAAAGCUGCCUGGACCUCCACCUCCUGUGGAAGAAGUCCUUCAGAAGAUUCAGCAUUUGAAUUCUUAUAAUUACAACACCUCAAAUAAAUUUUAUCAACAACGGAAUGCUGGCUUUCCCCAACAAGCCGAUAAGUAUCAGUCUGCACAAGGCCCCAAUUCCAUCUAUCAAGGUGUGGUUGGAAAACCUUCAACAGGAGAGUCUGCUAAUGUCCACCAGCAGCAACAGGUUCAACAAACCCAACAACAGGUUGGCCACACGCAGACACAAAAUCUACCCAAUGGCCUAGUCAAUCAGGCAAAUAGAAGUGCGCCUUUGCCUCAAGGAAUAUCUAGGUAUUUUAUUGUUAAAAGUUGCAACCGUGAAAAUUUGGAAUUAUCUGUACAACAAGGAGUGUGGGCAACUCAAAGGAGCAAUGAGUCCAAACUUAAUGAAGCUUUUGACUCUGCUGAAAAUGUGAUUUUAAUUUUCUCAGUCAACCGGACUCGACAUUUCCAGGGUUGUGCAAAGAUGAUGUCCAGAAUUGGUGGGUCUGUUAGUGGAGGGAACUGGAAAUAUGCACAUGGAUCUGCGCAUUAUGGGAGAAAUUUCUCUGUCAAAUGGUUAAAGCUAUGUGAACUGUCCUUCCACAAAACUCGUCAUUUGAGGAACCCCUACAAUGAGAACUUACCAGUAAAGAUAAGUAGAGAUUGUCAAGAGCUAGAGCCCUCCAUUGGUGAGCAGUUGGCUUCCUUGCUUUAUCUUGAGCCAGAUAGUGAACUUAUGGCAGUUUCAAUUGCGGCAGAGUCAAAACGCGAAGAAGAAAAAGCAAAGGGAGUCAAUCCGGAGAAUGGUGGUGAGAACCCAGACAUUGUCCCAUUUGAGGACAAUGAAGAGGAGGAAGAGGAAGAAAGUGACGAUGAGGAAGAGAGCUUUGGUCCAGUUCCGGGGGUAGGAAAUGAGGGCAGAGGAAGAGGCAGAGGAGGAAUCAUGUGGCCCCCUCACAUGCCACUAGCAAGAGGUGGUAGACCUAUGCCUGGGAUGCAGGGUUUUCCCCCAGGAAUGAUGGGUGCUGAUGCAAUGCCCUAUGGACCUGCACCUGACGGAUUUGGUAUGCCAAAUCCUUUUGGUGUGGGCCCUCGUGGUUUCAAUCCAUAUGGUCCCAGGUUUUCUGGUGAUUUUACAGGGCCCACGCCUGGCAUGAUGUUUCGUGGGCGACCACAACAACCUGGAUUUCCACCUGGUGGUUAUGGGAUGAUGAUGGGUCCUGGACGUGCACCAUUUAUGGGAGGCAUGGGGGUUGGAGGUGCAAAUCCAGGCCGGCCUGGUCGGCCAACUGGUAUGUCUCCAAUGUUUCCACCACCAUCAUCUCAAAACACUAACAGGAUGCAGAAGAGAGAUCCAAGGGGACCUUCCAAUGAUCGAAAUGAGAGAUAUAGUGCUGGCUCAGGCCAGGGGAAGGGUCAAGAGAUUCCAGGUUCAGCUGGUGGACCAGAUGAUGAGGCACGUUAUCAGCAAGCAUCAAAGGCUUACCGGGAAGAUCAGUACGGUGCUGGUAACAACUCUAGAAAUGAUGAUAGUGAAAGUGAGGAUGAGGCACCGAGGCGGUCAAGGCAUGGAGAGGGAAAGAAGAAAGGGAGAGGCUCAGAAGGAGAUGUUACCUCUGAGCACUAGCAGAUGCUGCUAGUUCGGCAGUUUUAGUGAUGCCACUAACGAGGGAACCUAUUUUCCCCCUUAAUAGAUCAAACAAUCGAUCCUCAAUAUUUGGAUUCUUUUAGGUGCCGAGGGAAACUUAGAACUGCAACAUUCUCUUCCCAUUUUGUUUAAAAUUUCCAAUAUGCUGCGACAUUCUGUGAUAUUUUUGUAACUGUAUUCUGUAAAAGGGGAUGAAUGGGUUGUGGAAAUUCAGAACUAAUUCCACAUCAUGUUAUUCAAUAUACAGAGAGGAUUUGUAUC